UUGCUUUCUGCCUUCUUCUCUUCUCCUCCCAUCUCAUUUCCCCUCUCAAAUCUUUCCAUCGUACGGUACCACAGAGCUGCCUAACGCAAUCUUUGUCUCCCUCUCUCCUUUUAGCACUAAAUCCAUGCCCCAAAAACCUCCUUUCUUCUUCUUCUCCCUCUCCGCAUAAUCGCAUCCGUAAAUGGAGGCAAGGGCACGCCGUCGUACCGCUCUUCUCUCUUCCCAUGUCUGCCCCACACCACCAGUUUCUGAAACCAAAUGCUUCUCUCCACUCUCUGUUGCUACUUGCUCUUCCAGCUCCGACGCGGGAGACAAACAACAAGGCGACUGCGUUUUCUGUAAGAUUGUUAGAGGAGAAGCUCCGGCUUUGAAGGUAUAUGAAGAUGAUGUAUGUCUUUGCAUUUUAGAUACAAAUCCCUUGAGUUGGGGGCACUCAUUGAUUAUCCCAAAAUGCCAUUUUCCUACUCUUGAAGCAACUCCACCAUCUGUUGUAGCUGAAAUGUGCUCAAAAGUACCCCUCAUUAGUAAUGCAGUCAUGAAAGCCACAGAAUCUGAUUCAUUCAAUUUGCUAGUUAACAAUGGUGCAGCUGCAGGGCAAGUUGUAUUUCAUACACACAUUCAUAUAAUUCCUCGUAAAGCUAGUGAUUGCUUAUGGGCUUCUGAGAGUUUGAGGAGACGAAAACUGAAGUUAGAUCAUGAAGCUUUGCAACUUGCAUAUAGCAUUCGUGAAAAGUUGCCAUUUUUCGACAACCUUGAGGACAGCAAAGGUCAAGGAUCUAGUUCUAGUCUCACUCAUAGCUAGCAGAUUUUAUACUUUUUUGUCCCAAGGUGUGAGCAUGAACCAUCAUAGUUUAUGAUUUCAUGUAAAGGGUACAAUACUAGAAUCUGUUAUGUUCAGUCAUGUAUUGUUACUAUUUAUACUCAAAAUCAUGAAAAUAGGAAUGAACCUUAACCUAUGCCUGAUUCUCUGGGUGUUC